CGGAAGACGUGAUGUCACACAUUUACCAACCGGCGUGUUUCUUCAACUUCACUUCACGGCGUUUUCGCUAUCAUUUGGGCGGAAUUCGCUCUCGGUGACAUCAUGGCUUCAGAUGACAUUGCCCAGCUGGUUCAGGCUCUUUCAAAGACCCAUUUAGGGGAUGGAGAGCUAAGCUAUAAAGGCUUGGGACUGAAGCUGGACAACGCAGAGUCAGUGGAAGGGCUGGUCCAGGAGAUAGAACAGUACCAGGAUUUGAGAGCUUUGCGCUUGGAGGGAAACACCUUGGGCGUGGACGCAGCCAGAGCCAUCGCCAAGGCCCUGGAAAGCAAACAGCAGCUUCAGAGAUGUUACUGGAGUGACCUUUUCACUGGAAGACUGCGCUCUGAAAUCCCAAUGGCCCUGAAAUCAUUGGGCAGUGGAUUAAUGACCGCCGGGGCCCGUCUGACAGUGCUGGACUUGAGCGACAAUGCUUUCGGUCCAGAUGGCGUGAAGGGGAUCGAUCAGCUGUUGAGAAGCGCUGCCUGCCACACCUUGAGGGAGUUGAGGCUCAAUAAUUGUGGGAUGGGAAUUGGAGGAGGAAAGAUCUUAGCCGAAGUGCUGACAGAGUGUCAAAGACGGUCUUUGGCCGAGGGCACUCCACUCACACUGAGAGUAUUUGUCGCUGGGAGGAACCGCUUGGAAAAUGAAGGAGCCAGUGCCUUGGCCAAGGCCUUUCAGUUGAUGGGCAGCCUGGAGGAGGUCCACAUGCCCCAGAACGGCAUCAACCAUGCGGGCGUGACAGCUUUAGCUUCGGCAAUGCAACACAACAAAGACCUCCGUGUGCUCAACCUCAACGACAACACCUUCACAAAGAGGGGAACGCUGGCUAUGGCUCAGGCUUUGGGACACCUGAGGAACAUCCAAGUGAUCAACUUUGGUGACUGCUUGGUCCGUUGUGAAGGUGCCAUCGCCAUGGCAGCGGUCCUCAGAGAAGGGUUGCCAGUCCUCAAGGAGCUGAAUUUGUCAUUUGGUGAGAUCACAGAGGCAGCGGCCCUGGUGGUGGCUCAGGCGCUUGUGGACAAGUCCCACAUGGAGAAAGUGGAUCUGAACGGGAACUGCCUGGGCGAGGAGGGUUGUGAAGCCCUAAGGGAAGCAAUGGCGGCCCAGGACAAAGGAGACAUGCUGGCCUCACUCAGUGACGAUGAGGGAGAACCUGAUGAAGAGGAUAAUGAUGACGAGGGAGAACAUGAAGAUGAUGAUGACGCUGAUGCGAGUAACGGCUAUAACGGUUGCAAUGAGGACGACUUUGUUAAAGAAAAUGGAAUGAUGGCAAAUGAAGAAAGUCCUUCUAUAUCCCAGUGUCCUGAAGAGGUCUUAUCUUUUCUUGAAUGCCCGUCUGCUGAGAAGCUUCUCCAGCUGGGAGAAAUGAGGAGACAUCUGCUACCAGAGGUGAAUAUUUUGCAUCCACACAAGGCCGUCGAUGUCCUUCUCAAAGUGGCUUCUUUGUACUGUGAGGAACCAGUGCCAAAGAUGGCAGUCCUGGAAACCUUUGACAUGCUGUUGAGGAAGCUUCUCUCCAGUUCAGCGCUCCAGACUUACGUCACCUUCUCCACACUGCUGGUCCUCAUGGGAGUCCUUAAGGGAGAAGGGAAGAGGAAAAAGGUGGCGCUAGUCCCGGGCCACUUGUUGUGUUUGGAGCAUGCAGUCCAGCAGGACUACUUGGCCCAGCACCACGCCUCACUGCUUCACUGCAUCCUGUCCAAGAACCGCGAGGCUCUCAAGUCAUGCAGCAGCAGUGUGGACAGGUUAAUUUCCGCGCUUGAGAAGAGAUGCCUCGACUAACCCUGAUUAACCACCAUCGAGAGACACACUGGGAUAGAUUUUCCUCCGAAACCGAGGCUUCUACAACCACUGUUUUCCACCCAUUUGUAAAUUUUAUUUUAUUUUUUUAAGGCUGUCCAGCAUCUCCUCAUUUUGAUAUUUUAUUUUUCCUAGAAUUUAUAUUUUUUUAUAGAAAAUACACAGACAUGAUAAAAAAACGGAGAUGUAGUUGUUGAGGGGGGGGUGGAAGUUUACAGUAAACUGGCAGCUUUUUGUUCUGUUUUGGAAGCUUGCACUUUUAUACCACUUCAAAGAGGGAGUCAUCUCCUUCAUUCAGGCAUACCUUACUCUUAAUACAAUAUAUCCAUAUUUCAGGGACUUGAUUCUCAGCUCUCUGUGACUCUAGAAUUGGACAAUCAAAACUAGUGCUCGUCACUCUUUUUGGUGUUUACUGUUUUAAAAACGUAAAGAACCACUUUACACUGCAGGUCGCAGUGCUCAAUUCCAAUAAAAUGUCAAUACAAAUUGCACAAAAA